AUCUUGUAUUGACAUUCUUUGCAAAAGUCACUUUGACAGCUGUCUUAAAAAAUUUGAGGUUAGACAAUUUUAUCAACGUCUCUUGUGAAUUUGCUUUGGUUUUGCAAAAUUUGAGAUAUUAGGUUUUUCUCUAACUUUAACGUUAGUCGCCGCUGCAUUACAUAACUUCAGAAAAAAAACAGCAAAAUGUCUCAAGCUCCCGUACGUGUAUCUCCUUUGAUCAAAUUCGGCAGAUGGUCCUUGUUGACCCUUGGCAUUGGUUAUGGUGCCUUCCACCAAAACCGCUUGUCCAAGAAGGAAGAGAAGGUACGCGAAAUCGAAGCCCAACAAAAGGUCAUCCGUGAUGCCAAAUUGGCUGAGGAAAAGAAACGCAGCGCUGCCGCUGAAAUGCGUGCCUUGGAGGAAUUGUCGAAACCCACCAAGAAGGCAUAAAUUCACAAUUUCAAAAUGUAUUUCGUAAAACUUUAUUUAAAUUAAAUAACUAAAAACAAAAUUAAUGAAAUAAUAACAUCAUUUGGAUUUAAAAUCUAUACAAGAUGUUGUUGCGUGUAAGUGUAGUAGUGUAUGGAAGUGGUCACUUUAUUUGCAAGCCAACACCGAUCGAAGUAAUUGCUGUUUUAUAAAGUUGUUCUUUAAAAAAGCUCAACUUAAUAUGCAAACAUUGUUAAUUUUUAAGAAUAAAGUUGGAACUGAAUGCGAUAAAAAAUGUGAUUUUACACAAA